GCACAAGGGAAGGGAAGAGAAGUGAAGGCUAAAUGGGAGGGGGACGAGAAAAGGGAGGCGGGAAUGGUCUGGAGCAGCAAGCCAACCAACUCCUCGCGGGAUCACGGGCAUUUUCCCUCCAAAAAGCUUCCUCUCCUCCUUUUUCCCCUUUUCCCCAACGCUCUUAUCUUCUCCCUCGUCCAUCCAACCAAGCUAGCAAUCUCUCUCUCUCUCUCUCUCAUCCUCCGCGCGGCGUGCAUUUCUUUCUUUCUUGGCUAGCUCCUCGAUCAAGGUGUUCGCGCGCAGGCGUGCGGGUCGAUGCGCAUGGAGGGUGGAGGCGCCGGGGCAGGAGGAGGAGGUCACGGCGGCGGCCAUGGCCUCGGCGGCGAGGCGCAGAUCAAGGGCACGCUCACCCACGGCGGCAGGUACGUGCAGUACAACGUCUACGGCAACCUCUUUGAGGUCUCUGCUAAGUACGUCCCACCCAUCCGACCUGUCGGCCGCGGCGCCUGCGGCAUCAUCUGCGCUGCUGUAAAUGCACAGACUCGUGAGGAGGUCGCUAUCAAAAAGAUAGGUAAUGCGUUUGACAACCAGAUCGAUGCCAAACGCACUUUGCGAGAAGUAAAGCUGCUUCGCCACAUGAAUCAUGAGAAUGUGAUUUCAAUAAAGGACAUCAUACGCCCACCAAGGCGGGAGAACUUCAACGAUGUUUACAUCGUCUAUGAACUGAUGGACACUGAUCUUCACCACCUUCUAAGAUCAAACCAGCCACUCACGGAUGAUCACUGUCAGUAUUUUCUCUACCAAGUGCUCCGAGGAUUGAAGUAUGUGCAUUCAGCAAAGGUCUUGCACCGGGACCUCAGACCGAGCAACCUGCUGCUCAAUGCUAAGUGUGAACUCAAGAUUGGAGAUUUUGGCUUGGCUAGGACCACGACUGAGACUGACUUCAUGAUGGAGUAUGUUGUUACUCGGUGGUACAGGGCACCGGAGCUCCUGCUCAACUGCUCGGAGUACACUGCAGCAAUUGAUAUCUGGUCAGUGGGUUGCAUCCUCGGUGAGAUUGCUAUGAGGGAGCCACUGUUUCCUGGAAAAGAUUAUGUUCAUCAGCUGAGGCUAAUUACUGAGCUGAUAGGCUCACCAGAUGACACGAGCCUUGGGUUUCUUCGAAGUGAUAAUGCCCGCAGAUACGUGAGGUCUCUUCCUCAAUACCCGAAACAGCAUUUUGGUUCACGGUUCCCCAGUAUGUCCACUGGCGCCAUGGAUUUGCUUGAGAGGAUGCUCGUAUUUGAUCCGAGCAAGAGGAUUACUGUUGAUGAGGCUCUAUGCCAUCCUUAUUUAGCAUCCCUUCAUGAGAUAAAUGAUGAACCUGUCUGCCCAGCGCCUUUCAGCUUCGACUUCGAACAACCAUCAUUUACUGAGGAAGAUAUCAAAGAACUCAUUUGGAGGGAGGCUCUCAAGUUCAACCCUGAACCAAUUCACUGAAAAGUUCCCAAUGUAGAAAAAGAAGCAAUUUCAAAUGGCAAAUCUAUCAGCUCCGUGGGAAAAUACAUGAGCUGACAGCACGAUGUACAGAGUAAUCAGUGAUCACGUCUCAGCAUCUUGUCAUACGGCUUGUUGAUGACACCAUGACGUCGAAAACCUGGAAAUUUAGGAAUCAUGAACGCUUGAUCAAUAAUUUGUUGGCCAAAAAAAGUGGGGCCCUUAUCUGUAUCAUGUUAGGUUGUAUCUACCCCCUUUUUGUUGUAUGCUUAACAAGACCUGAGUUAUGGACUAUGGUAUUACAGUUUCCGGCCA